GUGCGGCGCGGGCGCGGGGCAGGAAGUCCCGUGCGCCUGAGUCAGGGGCGGCCGCUGCCGGGGUCGGUGGCGAUGGCGCUGGAGACGCUGUCCCCGGACUGGGAGUUCGACCGCCUCGACGACGGCUCUCAGAAAAUUCACGCUGAAGUGCAGUUGAAGAAUUAUGGAAAAUUUCUUGAGGAAUAUACAUCUCAGCUGAAGAGAAUUGAAGAUGCUUUGGAUGACUCUGUUGGAGAUGUUUGGGACUUCAGUCUUGAUCCCAUUGCUUUAAAGCUUCUGCCAUAUGAACAAUCUUCCCUACUGGAGCUCAUAAAGACAGAAAACAAGGUUCUAAACAAAGUUAUAACUGUGUAUGCUGCUCUUUGCUGUGAAAUCAAGAAGUUAAAAUAUGAGGCAGAAACUAAAUUUUAUAAUGGCCUCUUGUUUUAUGGAGAAGGAGCCACAGAUUCCAGCAUGGUGGAGGGAGAUUGCCAAAUACAGAUGGGAAGAUUUGUUUCUUUCUUGCAGGAGCUGUCUUGCUUUGUUACCCGAUGUUAUGAAGUGGUGGUGAAUGUAGUGCAUCAGCUGGCUGUUCUGUAUACCAGCAACAAGAAUGCACCUAAAAUUAUAGAGACAUCUGGAGUUCAUUUUCAGGCAAUGUAUGAGCACCUAGGAGAGUUGCUCACUAUCUUGAUCACUCUGGAUGAAAUAAUUGACAAUCAUGCCACACUGAAAGAUCACUGGACCAUGUACAAGAGGCUGCUAAAAUCUGUCCAUCACAACCCUUCUAAGUUUGGGAUUCAAGAAGAUAAACUAAAGCCUUUUGAAAAACUGCUGUUAAAACUGGAAUGCCAGUUACUUGAUGGAAUGAUAUUUCAGGCCUGUAUAGAGCAACAAUUUGAUUCUUUAAAUGGUGGAGUGUCAGUGUCAAAGAACAGCACAUUUGCUGAAGAAUUUGCUCAUACUCUUCGUACAGCUUUUGCAAACGUCGAAGCCAAACUUGGUGAACCUUCAGAAAUUGACCAGAGAGAUAAAUAUGUGGGCAUCUGCGGCCUCUUUGUACUGCAUUUUCAGAUUUUUCGGACUGUAGACAAGAAAUUUUAUAAGUCAUUGUUGGAUGUCUGUAAAAAGGUACCAGCCAUUACAUUAACAGCUAACAUUAUCUGGUUUGCUGACAACUUUCUGAUUCAAAAGAUUCCAGCUGCUGCCAAACUACUGGACAAGAAAAGUAUUCAUACAGUUAAAACACAAAGGGAGAACUUUCUACAGCAGAGGGCACAGUCACUUACCAAAGAUAUGCAGUCAUAUUAUGUUUUUGUGAGCUCGUGGAUGACAAAAAUGGAAUCUAUCUUGUCCAAGGAGCAACGCACAACGAAGUUUUCUGAAGAUCUUUCUAACCGCUGCAACGUCUUCAUCCAGGGUUUUCUUUACGCAUACAGUCUUAGCACCAUCAUUAAAACUACAAUGAAUCUUUACAUGUCAAUGCAAAAACCUAUGACCAAAACCUCAGUAAAAGCCUUGUGCAGACUUGUGGAACUUCUGAAGGCAAUAGAACAUAUGUUUUACCGAAGAAGCAUGGUUGUGGCAGACUCUGUGACACACAUCACUCAGCAUCUGCAGUAUCAGGCCCUUCACUCUAUCUCUGUGGCCAAGAAAAGGGUAAUUUCUGAUAAAAAGUACAGUGAGCAACGCCUGGAUGUCCUCUCUGCUUUGGUGUUGGCUGAGAACACCCUCGAUGGGCCAAGUACAAAACAGAGGCGGCUGAUCGUGUCCCUUGCACUGAGUGUGGGAACACAGAUGAAAACAUUUAAAGAUGAAGAACUUAUUCCCCUUCAGUUAGUUCUGAAAAAACUGGACUUGAUCAGUGAACUUACAGAGAGAGUUCGAGCACAAUGUGACUGUUGUUUCUUGUACUGGCAUCGAGCCGUCUUUCCAAUCUACUUAGAUGAUGUCUAUGAAAAUGCAGUGGAUUCUGCUAGACUACAUUAUAUGUUUAGUGCACUACGGGACUGUGUACCUGCUAUGAUGCAUGCAAGACACUUGGAAUCUUAUGAGGUGCUUCUGGAAUGCUAUGACAAAGAAAUCAUGGAAGUGCUCAAUGAGCACUUGCUGGACAAAUUGUGUAAAGAGAUAGAAAAGGACCUGCGCUUAUCAGUUCACACACACCUGAAGCUGGAUGACAGAAACCCCUUCAGAGUUGGCAUGAAGGACCUGGCUCACUUCUUCUUUCUGAACCCAAUACGUUUUUUCAAUCGAUUCAUUGACAUAAAAGCUUAUGUAACUCAUUAUUUGGACAAGACCUUCUACAACUUAACAACCGUAGCUCUUCAUGACUGGGCCACCUACAGUGAGAUGAGAAACUUGGCAACCCAACGCUAUGGUUUAAAUAUGACUGAGGCUCACCUUCCCAGCCAGACUCUGGAGCAGGGUCUGGAUGUUUUGGAAAUCAUGAGAAAUAUUCAUGUUUUUGUAUCCCGCUACCUCUACAAUCUGAAUAAUCAGAUCUUCAUUGAAAGAACAAGUAAUAACAAACACUUGAACACCAUCAACAUCCGACACAUCGCUAAUUCAAUUCGAACUCAUGGAACAGGAAUCAUGAACACAACAGUAAAUUUCACUUACCAAUUCUUGAGGAAAAAGUUUUACAUUUUUAGCCAGUUCAUGUAUGAUGAACAUAUCAAAUCCAGACUUAUCAAAGACAUCAGAUUCUUCAGGGAAGUCAAGGAUCAGAAUGAUCACAAGUAUCCCUUUGAAAGAGCAGAUAAAUUCAACCGUGGCAUCAGAAAACUUGGAAUAACCCCGGAUGGCCAGAGCUAUCUUGACCAGUUCAGACAACUCAUAAGUCAAAUUGGCAACGCUAUGGGUUAUGUACGAAUGAUAAGAUCUGGGGGACUUCACUGCUGCAGUAGUGCCAUUAGGUUUGUUCCUGAUCUGGAAGAUAUCGUUAACUUUGAAGAGCUGGUGAAAGAAGAAGGACUCUCAGAAGAAACACAAAAAGCAGCAAGGCAGCUGGACUCUGUGCUCAGUGACCUGACCCGGAACUUUGCAGAAGGAACCGAGUACUUCAAAAUGCUGGUGGAUGUGUUUGCUCCCGAAUUCCGCAGCCCAAAGAACAUGCAUUUGCGGAACUUCUACAUCAUUGUCCCCCCGCUGACCCUCAAUUUUGUAGAGCAUUCAAUGAAUUGCAAAGAGAAAUUGAAUAAGAAGAACAAAAGUGGAGCAGCUUUCACUGAUGAUGGGUUUGCCAUGGGUGUGGCUUACAUUCUGAAGCUUUUGGAUCAGUACCAGGAGUUUGAUUCUCUGCACUGGUUCCAGUCUGUUAGAGAGAAGUAUGUGAAGGAAAUAAGAGGAGUAACUAAGCAACAGAAAGUGCAGUCCACUAAUCAAGAUGAAAAACUACUACAGACUAUGAACCUUACCCACAAGCGACUGGAAUUUUGUUUACAGGAAUUUGAACUCCUUUAUUUUUCACUAAGUAGUGCAAGAAUUUUUUUCAGAGCAGAUAAAACUGCAGCAGAAGAAAGUCAGGAAAAGAAAGAAAAAGAAGAAGAAUCUGGUAAAGCAAGCAAUGGAGAUCUUUCCAACUCUACGCCUGCAGAGCCUGUUGUGAAAUGACAUGGCUGGUAUGGGUGAUGAUUACUUACUCAAAUAACUCAUGUCCUUGUCUUCAUCAGUAACACUCUGUAGGAGUUAAAGCUCUAGAUUUGAUUUACUUGCUUUGUUAAAUCCAAGAGAAAAUGUACAGUAGUAUACUAGCAUCCACUGAAGCUAGGUCUGUGUUUGUCUAUAUUUCCUGUAGAAACUCCUAUUUUUCAGGAGUUUGCAUUAUUUACAGCACUUUCUUUAGAUUGAAAAUAAUUUAAUACAAUGUUGACCUUGGAGGUAGUUAUUUUAAAGUACAGAUAUGCAGAUAAAAAAAUCCUUAUCAGUUUCUAGAUGCAUUCUUGCAUCUCUGUCAUAGCAUUUAAAAAAAUCCAAACUCAUAGGCUGUUGGCCCAAGAUUUGAACUGGCAUCUCUUCAACCAGAAAAAAACCUUGAAUCUAGAUAUUGGGUCUAUCUGUUAUCCAAAAAAUGAGACAUGUCAUUGUGCAGUCCUGUUGCAUUUAAUGCAGUCACAGAUUACACUGUGGGUGUAACAGUGUAUGUUGUGAAUAUAUGUUAAAUCUAUUACACAAAACGGAAGUGCUUAUUACUGUUUAAUUCCAAAUCCCCUUGUUAUUAUUAUAGACAGCAUUUGUACUGUGGGAGCUUAGGAUCCCAUCAAAUAUUUAUUUUCCCCUCAUUUUUCCCCCUUAUCAAAGAAUGGGAAAACAAGAAAAGUGAACGUAACAAAUUACUUCUCAUUUCAUACUGAAGGUCUGAUUUGCAUCCACAGAAGUAAGGAAAUCCAGAGCCAAGACAGAACCACAAUCAGCUCUUCCUUUUAUGACCAGACACUGUGAUGGGUGUCUGUAACUAUUAAGUGAUCUUACAGUUCAUGAAUAUGUUGUGCCUAUUUGCAAGUUUCAGCCUCAAUUCUGUAUUUCCUAGCCUUUGUAGGUCUGUUGUACCAUGUGUUGUUCAUACAGUCUUACAUGCCUGAUUAUUAACAAUAAUUGCACUGCAGGCUCAGAAGCUGCUGAACACUGUGAGAACUCUGUAUAACAUGUGUCCAUGCCUGCAAGUAGAGGUUCUAGAUUGUGCAAAAGUUAUUUGGAUUCCUAACUUAAGUAGCUAGACUUAGCUUAAAAGAAAACACCACUUCUAUUAAAAUAUACAGGUGUGUUUUAAUCUCCCAGAACAUAACACCCUUCUAGUUCUUACCAACAAGAAUAAACUAUUCUAGUCAGUCCAGCUGAGAGAAUUACCCUUGGGGUUUUUUUUUUGGCACUCUUAAACUCUCUUUUUAGACCAAACUUGCUUUAAUACGUGUUUUAGUGGUUCAGAUUGUUCCACCCACUCUUGGGUCAUUGGUUAAAACAAUUCCUGAUGUAUUUUUGAUUCACCCUUUCCUGCCAGUCACUUCAACAUUCAGACAGCAAGGAUGAAUGUUUUGUCACAACUGGAAAGACCAGACUGAUACGAACGUUCCAUUUGUUGGUUCUGAGAACAUGACACACAAGCUUCAUGGACUGUUAAAAUCAGCUGGGCUCAUUAAAGUUUUUAUUUUUAAUUCAUUAUAACUGCCCUAAAGAAUGCUGCAUUACUUGAUUUAUAUUUUUGCUUUUUUACUUUGAUACAGGUUUAUGUUUUUUUUUAAUUUGUGUACACUUUUUUUGACCAAACUGUGCCCGCACUGAACGCUCAGUAGCACUGCCAAGAUCAGCAUUCUUGCUGCUGCUUCCCAUCCUGCUGCAGUUGCUGUGCCCAUCCUUCCACAUUCCCAUCUCUGCUGAAGUCACCUAAGUUCGUGGAGUGGAAAGGCCAAGUGCUGCGUUUCCUUCUUCCACAGCAACGGCAGAAUCACCCAUAGAUGGUGUUCCUUUCCCCAGGAUGGCCUUGCUAGGGAGCUGUGUAUGGCCAAGACACAGCCCACACUCUAGUCUGCACUUGUAUUUUCCCUUCUACAUCUUUUUUUUUUAUUUUGGAAAGACAUUAUCUUGCUAUGGUAGGACUUUGCAGUUGAACAUAACGUGAACUGAGCGCUGUCUUCAUGUAUGGUGGUUAACAAAUUCACGUGGUUCUGGUGAUGGAAAUUCUAGAGGAAAGACAUAGCCUAUUUUUAUAGACACCUGUUUAAUCUGGGAGAACUGAAUGUAUACUCUAUGUGGCAAAAAUAUAUACAUACACAAAUAUGUACAGUGAUAAUAGAGCUAUUCUUGCUAAUACAGGACUGUAGUUUGUAUUUCCUUCUUUCUCUUUGUCAUGUAGCAGCAUAGACAUGCAGAAAGAUUUUUCUUACCUGAAAUCCAAGGUGGGUCCUGGGUUUGGAUGUCACACGUGACACUGAGUUGAAUUAAAUCCUUUUUUCUCCCCACAAGGAUAUGGAAGGGGGGCAAAAUUCAUGCUGUGGUGCUACUACUCUUUCUGUUGCUUUUGGCCUCCUGUUGCAAUUACAGGAACUAAAUGGACCCUAACUGGUUGUCUGGAGAUGAGACAAUGGAGCUAAAACAAAAAGUCCUCUAAACUAAACCAGAUGUGCUCACUCAGAAAUUCCCAGGAGUGAUAGACGUGAGGAUGAUGAAUUUAGGUUUUUUUUCUUCAGGACAGGGUUAGAACAGGCUGAAGGCCAGGCUCUCACCCCCAGCAGGCAGCUGUCACCACUGCCCUCAGGUGUUCAGCCUUGUGCCAAGGCUGCUGGAAGUGGCAGCAGCUGCUCUCCCAGGGGUUGUGGCCACACAGCUCCCUGUCAGCCCUGCCACCAAGGGUUUGCAUGGCCCCAGCAGCACCCAACUGCUGCAAACUCCUGCUGAUGAAAGGGCACAUUCUGCAAAUCCUAAUGCAGCCUGGAACCAGAAGGAAAUUUGAGUUGCAUCAGACGUCCAUCAACAGCUGUUUUCAGCUUCUCAGGUACAAAGGACCAAAUGUAAUACUUAAUGUUUCCUAACUCAUUGUACAAAAGGGUAUUUUGUUACUCCAGUCUCUUUGGUUUGUGAGUAGAGAACAUUAUGUACAUAAAACUGUGUUAAUAAAUGCAAUUUUGAGAACCUCAUUCCCAGUGUUUUCAGUAACACCCGUUCAGUGUUAAUUUUUUCAAUAAGAAAGCUUCAGCUUUUAUUUAUGAAGAAGUUUUUGUGUCAGUUACUAACAGUUUUCUUCCACGGUACUUUUAAAAAUUCAACAACCAGUUAAAUAACAUUUAUUACACAUCAAACACUUCCAGGCUGGGGUCUUUCAGAUACUGUUGCACAGAUUCUCCUUAUGGAAAAUCUAGUCUCUGGGUGACUGAGAAGAGUUAGGUACCUUAUCCUGAUUAAUAUAAAC